AGCUGUACACUAGAACUUGUUUAUUUAUUUAUUUUUUGUGCUUCCAAGACCAUAUAUUAUAGUACAACUCCCAAUUCCAAACAGAGCUCUAUUUAAGUAGAAAGAGAGGUCUGCCAUUAAAGAACAUUGCAAAAAAGAAAGACCAAUGACAUUCCCAACUUAUCUCUUCCUAUCGUUUCUUUUUUGCUCUUCACUGUUGCAUAGACCCACCCUUGCCAUAAAAAAGUCAUACGUGGUGUACUUUGGAUGUCAUUCACAUGGCCUAGAAGUUUCAUCCUUUGAUUUAGAUAAAGUCACAGAGUCUCACUAUGAGUUCUUGGGAUCAUUCUUGGGAAGAAAUAAGGCGAAAGAGGCCUUAUUUUACUCCUACACAAGACACAUCAAUGGUUUUGCUGCAACACUUGAAGAUGAAGAAGCAGCCCAGAUAGCUAAUCAUCCAAAGGUAAUCUCAUUGUUCUUGAACCAAGGAAGAAAAUUAUACACAACAAGAUCAUGGGAUUUCUUGGGUCUUGAGAAUGAUGGGGUGAUACAUUCUAGCUCAAUUUGGAAGAAAGCAAGGUUCGGCGAAGACACCAUCAUAGCCAACCUUGAUACUGGUGUGUGGCCCGAAUCAAAGAGCUUUAGUGAUGAAGAUAUGGGACCAAUUCCAUCCAAGUGGAAAGGAAUCUGUCAAAAUAAAGCAGAUGCAAGCUUUCAUUGCAACAGGAAGCUGAUUGGAGCAAGAUACUUCAACAAAGGAUAUGCUGCAGCUGUGGGUGCUCUCAACUCUUCCUUUGAUUCACCGCGUGAUACCGAAGGCCAUGGGUCCCACACAUUAUCGACAGCUGGUGGUAAUUUUGUACCCGGGGCAAAUGUAUUUGGUUUUGGAAAUGGAACAGCGAAAGGCGGAUCACCAAAAGCCCGGGUGGCAGCUUACAAGGUGUGCUGGCCCCCUGUGGGUGGCAAUGAGUGCUUUGAUGCGGAUGUACUGGCUGGCUUCGAUAUGGCCAUCCAUGACGGUGUUGAUGUGAUCUCCGUAUCACUUGGCGGGGACCCCAUGGCCCUUUUCAAUGACAGCGUAGCCAUCGGGUCCUUUCAUGCUGUUAGGAAUGGCAUAGUGGUCAUUUGCUCGGCUGGAAAUUCUGGACCGGCUGAUGGGACUGUUUCCAACAUUGCACCGUGGCAGAUAACAGUUGGAGCUAGCACCAUGGAUCGCCAAUUUCCUAGUUAUGUUAUUCUUGGCAACAAAAUGAGGUUCAAAGGGGAAAGCCUUUCGACUGAAGCGUUGCCAAACAAGUUAUUUCCAAUUAUUAGCGCUGCAGAUGCCAAAGCUGCAAAUGCGUCAGUUGGAGAUGCACUGCUUUGCAAGCCCGGAUCGCUGGAUCCUAAAAAGGCGAAGGGAAAAAUCUUGGUUUGCCUUCGAGGGGACAAUGCAAGAGUCGACAAGGGUCAGCAAGCAGCCUUGGCUGGUGCUGUGGGGAUGGUUCUUGCUAAUAAUCAGCUUUCAGGAAAUGAAAUUAUUGCUGAUCCUCAUGUCCUCCCAGCUUCUCAUAUCAAUUACAUCGAUGGCGGUGCUGUUUUCGCUUAUGUCAACCACACGAGGUAUCCAAUGGCUUACAUUACACAUCCAACAACUCGAUUGGGGACGAAGCCAGCUCCAUUCAUGGCGGCUUUUUCAUCAAAGGGGCCAAGCACCAUUACCCCAGAGAUCCUAAAGCCCGAUAUCACAGCACCGGGAGUGAGUGUCAUAGCUGCUUACACUGAAGCACAAGGGCCAACAAACCAAGAUUUUGAUAAGCGUCGAGUUCUGUUUAAUUCAGUAUCGGGCACUUCCAUGUCAUGCCCUCAUAUUUCUGGCAUUGUUGGCCUUCUAAAGACCCUCUAUCCUACUUGGAGUCCUUCAGCAAUUAAAUCGGCAAUCAUGACCACUGCAACAACACAGGACAACAUUAAGGAGCCACUGACCAAUGCAUCAAACUUCAAGGCAACACCAUUCAGUUACGGAGCAGGACAUGUGCAACCAAACCGUGCUAUGGAUCCAGGCUUGGUUUACGAUUUAACCCCAAACGAUUACCUGAAUUUUCUCUGUGCCCUCGGGUACAAUCAAACUCAAAUCGCAAUGUUCUCAAAAAGUCCCUAUAAAUGUCCCAAUCCUAUCAGUCUUGCCAACUUCAACUACCCUUCAAUCACAAUCCUUGCGCUCAAUGGCUCAACCACCGUGACUCGGACUCUUAAGAAUGUUGGUUCUCCCGGUACUUACAGUGCACAUGUCCAAAACCCGGCUGGUAUUUCUGUUUUUGUCCAGCCAGAAAGCUUGAAGUUUGGAAAAGUCGGCGAACGGAGGACAUUCAAGGUUACUAUGAAGGUUGAAGGAGGAAAUAAGGGUAGAGACUAUGUAUUUGGAGAAUUGACGUGGUCAGAUGGUAAGCACCAUGUGAGAAGUCCUAUUGUGGUGAAGCCAAACUAAAGAUUGAAAAUUACUUGCAUUAAUUUCAGUACUAAUCAAGAAUCUGAUUUCUACCCAAUUUAUUAAAUGGUUCACUUUUUUGGCUUUUUGAAGGUUAAUUAUGUAAUUUUAAUCGUGCCAGUAAGGAUCAAUAAAUCCUUAUAGAAUUUUUAUUGCCAACCAAUUAUCAGACGAUUGUGUUGAAGUUC